AUGGCGGAAUCAGAAAAUAAUAUUUCUUAUCAAAAAUAUUUUAACAACGCUGAUUACGCGGAUAUACUCGUCACACUUGGCUUCACAGCUCCUAAGAUAUCAUUCCCGAUGCAUCAGAUAAUUGUCUAUACUACGUCGGAAUACUUUAAGCAGCUCUGUGACGAAAAGGAAACAAGCGAGACAGGAACUAAGCUUCUAUCCUUUGAUAUGAGCCUAGAAGCCUUCCAGAUAAUCGCUGCUUGGGUCUACGGAUACGGUGAAGAAAGUUUUAAAUCACAAAUCGACACCCAGGUGAUUCGCGAAGCUUUAUCUGGCUUAGGGGCGUCCGAUAUGACUCAAUCCCAAGAAAUGGAAGACUUGCGUGUAGGGUUGGUGAAACACCUCUUUCGACUGGAGUUAAACAUCGUUGCAUCAGGAAACGGUGGCUCGAGGACAAAAUUGGAGGUUCUGGAAGAUAUAUGUGAGUUCUCGGUUCAUUAUGACCGUAACAUGCUCAAGAAUCUCGUCAAACAGAAUAUUCCCGGACUGAGAGCUUCCGAACAAUGGCUUAACGACCUUCAUCUUAAACCCUCAGCUGCUGCAGUUCUUGCGGCCUCUGUUUUGAUUGACAUACACCAGCAGGGCCUUGAUCAGCGUUUUUGCAUUGGCUGUACACUAGCGAUGAAUGUUUAA